AUGACUUCCAUACUCGACAUGAAAUCUGUUACGGACGUGAUUACCCAAUGUCCCGAUGAACGGUCAGUAAUCCGUAUGAUGAUGAAUGAAGGGUUAAUCAGAAACUCGGCGAAUUGUGAGAAAUGUGGAGGGCCAAUGACGUUGCGCAAUCGCAAAGACAGCAUGGAGUGGCGUUGUAGAAUUGGGAAAGGCGACUGCAGUUCGAAAAGCAUCAAAACCGGCUCGUUUUUCUCAUCGACUCGACUCUCUCUAACACAGGCGCUCAAAAUUGUGGUCAUGUGGAACGGGAAGUAUUCAUCUCUUCAAAUCGCUCGAGAAGUCAAAACUUCGCCUCAAACGGUCUGUGACUGGCGUAACUUUUUGAGAGAACUCUGUUCUGAAAUUGAGUCGACGUAUCCUAAGAUUGGAGGGAACGGACACAUCGUGGAGAUCGAUGAAACUAACGUGCAUACCCGCAAGUACGGGCGCGGAAAAGAGAAAAGUGACGACUGGAUACUGGGAGGUGUCGAUAGAGAGUCAGGAAAGGUGUUCGUAUGUCAAGUGCCGAAUCGCACAGCCUUGACACUGGUGCCAUUGCUGCAGGCGAAUAUCGAUCGUGAUAGCAUUGUGUAUUCAGACGAAUGGGCUAGUUACUCCCAACUGAAGAAAUACUUUACCAGUCAUUUCACGGUGAAACACAAAACCCAGUUUGUAAAUCUCGUUGGUACACGAUUAGUGUGUACAAAUGGAAUUGAAGGAUUGUGGAGUCGACUCAAGAAGCCGUUCAAACAAGGAAACGGAACAAGCGAAGCGCUAAUCGGCUCAUAUUUGUCAGAGUUUGUGGUUCGUGAAAACGAAAGGAUGGAUUCUUCAAAGCGAUAA